CACAAGCGCCUUCCGUUGAGCUCCCUGUUCGAGCCUCAGGAUGAUUACCAUAGCAUCCUAAAUAUCAACUCAAUCCUCCAGGACUUCAUUGACAUUCACCAAAAGUGUUGAAGCUCUCGCCAGCAUCCGCCCGUCUUUGGUGGGGCAAGCAACGUUCCCAGUCCCCUCGCAACAAACAGACCCCAUCAUACCCAAAAAGCAACUCACGAACCCCGCCAUGAUGCCUCACGGCGCCUACGACGACGGGGAGCUGGAGAUCUCUCUGGCCCCGUCUGCCAACCGCCGUGCCAACAACAAACCCCCCGAUGCGUCUGCUGCUCGUCGUCCAAAUGGCAAUCAUCAUCGAGCUGCGAAUGAGCCACCACCUCAGAAGAAGGCCGAGCAGCGGAUCGGUGCAUACCACAUCAUUCGAACGCUGGGUGAGGGAUCGUUUGGUAAGGUCAAGCUGGCUACACAUCGUGUUACGAAUCAGCAGGUCGCCUUGAAGAUAAUUGCUAGGAAGAAGCUCAUUAGUCGGGAUAUGGCUGGUCGGGUUGAGCGGGAAAUCGAAUAUCUACAGUUACUCAGACAUCCCCAUAUCAUCAAGCUAUACACGGUGAUUAAGACCCAACUCGAGAUUAUUAUGGUCCUUGAAUACGCUGGUGGAGAACUCUUCGAUUACAUCGUACAAAAUGGAAAGAUGAAAGAGGACGAAGCUAGGAGAUUCUUUCAGCAGAUUAUAUGUGCAGUCGAAUACUGUCACAGACACAAGAUUGUGCACCGAGAUCUCAAGCCGGAGAACCUGCUAUUAGACGACAACCUGAAUGUCAAGAUUGCAGAUUUCGGACUUUCCAACAUCAUGACGGAUGGAAACUUCUUGAAGACAAGUUGUGGAAGUCCCAAUUAUGCUGCUCCAGAGGUAAUCAACGGUAAACUAUAUGCUGGACCGGAAGUCGAUGUUUGGAGUUGUGGAGUCAUCCUGUACGUUCUACUUGUGGGAAGACUACCCUUCGACGAUGAGCACAUUCCUUCUUUGUUUGCAAAGAUUGCUAAGGGUCAUUAUGUGGUGCCGAACUAUAUGAGCAGCGGAGCUUCGUCGUUGAUCAAGAAGAUGUUGGCCGUGAAUCCUGUUCACAGAGCCACUAUCGAGGACAUUCGAAUGGACCCGUGGUUCGUCAAGAAUCUGCCUGCUUACUUACAGCCACCAGUCGAGGAGUUCUUGGAUACUGGAGUUGAUCCCAGCAAGGCCAUUACGCCUAAGCUUAUUGCUCCUCACGCUAGUCCGGCCGUGCAGGAGAAGCUUCACGACCAGGUCACCGAGAAGAUUUCCAAGACAAUGGGUUAUGGUAUUAAGGAUGUUCAAGAAGCUUUGGCUGCGGAAGAGCCAUCAGCUAUCAAAGAUGCAUACUUGAUCGUCAGAGAGAACAAGCUGAUGCAAGCGAACCCAAAUCUCUCAGAUGACAAAGGUCAACUAUUAUUUCAAGUCCCUUCACCGCCUGCUUGGAACGAUGGCAUCAAGUUGGAUACUGCCAUCUCUCCACCACCUUCACCCGUUGUGAAAGAGGCUUCGGGCCAUAAAGAAGUUCUACCAAGUCGGCCCAGCCCCCUUGUUGAUGCUAUGUCUCCACGCUCUUCAAGUUCGAUAGGGACCGAUAGAUCAACGAGACCAUAUGUCAGCAAGAUUGGCAUCCUCCCAAGCAGUUUACCGGCCUAUCACCGCGAUUUUAUGGAAGCUCGUCGAAGUGGGAGAGAUACUACCAGCACUCUCUCAACUGCACACUCGGAGGUUGAUGAGCCGAAGGUUCAGACGGAAGCAGAGAAGCUAGAGACUGCUCGCAGGUUGAACCCACACUCCAAGAGCCAGAUUCGACUCGACGAAGCCAGCAAGAGACCGGCAGGCAUGACGCAAAUUCCACAGAAGAAGGCGAAGCCUACCAAGUGGCAAUUUGGUAUUCGUUCCCGAAAUCAGCCUCUUGAGGCUAUUGGCUGUAUCUAUAGAGCUCUUCAGAAGCUUGGUGCUGAGUGGGUUGUUGAUGAGGACUGGCAGCCCCAUGGCGAAUCUAAUGACGAAGACAGAACGAACAACAACAGCUUUGUGUCAAAUGGUAGCGGAGCAUCAUUACACCAUUCCGAAUCAAUGCCGGGACAGAACAAUUCUUCAAGCAGUAUUCAGUUCCAAGCACUGGAUCCGAAUGGUGAUUACAAGUUACCGGCGGAUCCUUGGGUUUUGAGAGUGCGGUGGAGAAAAGAUGACCUUCGUCGCCAAUCUGUGGCAUCCCUAAGCAGCACUGGCGGCUCGCUCCCUUCAGAGAUGGCAUCACCUCCCAGAGGCUCUAAUCACAAACUUGACCCUAUCGAGAAUGUGUUCAUGCAUCUCGACAUCCAACUGUAUGAGAUGGAACCUGGGGUCUAUCUAGUUGACUUCAAGUGUGCUGGCUACGAAAAUGUUGACGGCAUGCUUCUUGAAGAGAAAGAUGUCACCUCACCGUUCCCAUUCCUAGAUCUGGCCUCAAAACUGAUCAUUCAACUUGCGGAGGCAGACUGAGCAGCACUCACUCUUUGACUACGAGGAAUUUACGAUGGAAUGAGGACAGGAGCUUGAACGGGUACUUGCAUGAUACGAUAUGACUGGAAAUGGUAGGACAGGAGGGAUGCAGAAAUUAAGGCAUGGAAAUGACGGCAAUUAAGUGGUAAAGAGGAUAUCUUCGAGCGUGGCGUUGUUCUGGAUGAUUGAAUACCCGGAAAAAAAAUCCUAUGUCAGCACACAUUUUCUUUCUCUUCUCUUAAUGCAUGGUAGGGAAAGAUGCAAGAUGCGUGGCAUCUCCACUCUUUGUGUGUAAUUGUGGGCAUAGAUCAUCAGGCAUAAUGGAAUGAUAAUGCACUGAUUCUACAUGGAUAUCUUUGACUU